AUGGCACCUCGUAAUGCUGCUGCCAGUAGCUCAAGAGUGUCUUCUACGAAUGGUACAGCCGGUCCAUCAAGGAUACCCCCUUCUUCUUUAGCUAAGAGCAAGAAAAGAGUAGUUGAAGAAAUCUCUCAAGAUCAAGAAGAUGAUUUCGGUAGUGUUGGAAGUGGUCUGGAUAUGAGUGAGGACGAAGACGUCGAUGAAGAUGCUGAAGAGGAAGAUGAGGAUGAAGCUUUCCCGGAAUUCGAUAGUGAGAUUGAAGAUAACGCACAAUUAGCUCAUGAAGAUGAUGGUGAUGAUGAAUCUGAUCAAAACACACAAGACGAAGGAGAAGAACUAGAUGAUGAAGAUUCAGGAUCAGAAUCAGGAUACAAUUCAUCAGAUAUCGAAGCUUUAUACGAAGAUGAAGAUGAAGACUCCCCAGCGACAUCACCUUCAUCGUCCCAAAACAAUUUACCAUUAUCGACAGAUGAAAAAUUAUCAAAAUUGAUAGCUAAGAAUAGUAUAAAGCCCGAUGAAUCCCUCGGAACAGAUGCAAAGAUCUCAAGAGCGAAAGAAGGUGUAGGUAGAUUGGUUCCAAGUAAAUUGGUCAAAGGUGGUUAUAAAAGAGAAUAUGAUGAUUAUGAAGCUGGUUAUGGAAGUGAAAGUUCAACUGAAGAUAAUCCCAACACAGUUGGAAAUAUCCCAAUGGAAUGGUACGAUGAUCUCCCUCACAUCGGUUAUAACGUUGAAGGAAGAAAAAUAUUCCGACCUGCUCAAGGAGAUGAAUUGGAUAAAUUCUUAUCAAACACUGAAGAUCCAGCAGCGUGGACAUCAGCAGAAGAUAAACUCUUACAACAAUCAGUUCAAUUAACAGAUAAAGAAUUAGAUAUCAUUAGAAGAUUAGAAAGAGCUGAAAAUCCUGAUGCCGAUUAUGAUCCUUAUCAACCUACUAUCGAAUGGUUUACAGGUGAAGGUAAAGAGCGAGUUAUGCCUUUGAGUGCAGCUCCUGAACCAAAGAGAAGAUUCGUUCCUUCCAAAUGGGAACACAAGAAGAUCAUGAAAAUCGUCAAAGCUAUUAGAGAAGGUAGAAUCAUCCCUAACAAACCUUCAGCUGCCAAACCUACCGUAUAUGCCAUUUGGUCAGAUGCAGAUCAAGCCAAUGCACCUCACGCAAUGUAUAUGCCUGCUCCUCAACUUCCUCCACCUAAAACAAUCGAAUCAUACAAUCCACCCGAAGAAUAUUUACCAACAGAAGAAGAGAAGAAGGAUUGGGAAGAAAUGGAUAAAGAAGAUCGAAAAACCGAUUUCUUACCUGAGAAAUACAAUGCUCUAAGGCUUGUACCAGGUUACAAAAAUUUGGUGCAAGAGAAAUUCGAGAGAUGUUUAGAUCUUUAUUUAGCACCAAGAACAAGAAAAGUCAAACUUAACAUUGAUCCUGAAAGUUUAAUACCAAAAUUGCCUUCACCAAAAGAAUUAAAACCAUUCCCAAUCGCAUGUUCUGUUACGUAUAGACAUCCAGGUGAUACGAGAGUAAGAACAAUAUCAACUUCACCCGAUGCCACUUUUGUCGCGUCAGGUUCAGAAGAUGGUAUUGUCAGAAUAUGGGAUUUAGGUAAUGGAAGAGAAGUCUGGAGAUGGGAUUUAAACUCUGGUCCUAUUCAGUAUUUAGAUUGGUCACCAUAUAAAGAGGAAUCAUUACUGGUUGCUCUAGUAGCAGGUAAAAUCGUAGUGCUCUCUCCAUUAGCUUUGGUAGCUCCUAUAGUAGCUGCAAACACUUUGACUCACGUCAACACUGCUUUUGCAACCAGUGCGGCCACAACAAAGAUGGGUUCAGGAAAAGAAGUCAAAGGCACAGAAUCAAUCAAAUGGGUCAGACCGAAUGAAAGAGAGAGAGAAAGAGGUGUGUUGGUAUUUGUGGAAGUCCCAGGUACACCAAAACAAGUUUCUUGGCAUAGAAAAGGAGAUUAUUUCGCUACUGUCGCAAGCGAUGCUUCAAACAAAUCAGUCUUGAUCCAUCAAUUAUCAAAACAUGCAACUCAGUCACCGUUCAAAAAAUUACCUGGACAAGUACAAAGAGUCGCUUUCCAUCCUACCAAACCACAUUUCUUCGCUGCCACUCAACGUUAUAUUCGACAAUACGAUUUAGCAGCUCAAACUUUGGUCAAAACACUUCAAUCAGGUGUUAAAUGGAUCUCAUCAAUGGAUGUACAUCCAGGUGGUGAUAAUUUGAUCAUAGGAAGUUACGAUAAGAAACUAGCUUGGUUUGAUAUGGAUUUGAGUACCAAACCCUACAAGACUCUGAGAUAUCACACACGUGCAUUGAGAUCAGUAGUUUACCAUCCAACAUUACCUCUGUUCGCUUCUUCCUCGGAUGACGGUACCAUCCAUAUAUUCCAUUGCACGGUGUACACCGAUCUGAUGCAGAACCCACUUAUCGUGCCACUGAAAAUCCUGAGAGGACACAAUGUCACCGAUGGAAUUGGAGUGUUGGAUCUCAGAUGGGUAGCUGGUAAACCUUGGUUAGUCAGUUCAGGUUCAGAUGGGGAAGUCAAACUGUGGUGUUCAUAG